UAGCUCAGAAAGCAGACACAGCAGAGCCACAUAGACGGCGUCACACACUCAGCACCGGUAGACAUGGGCCAGAUCUUCAGCUGGAUCCGCGGCACGCGGGACCAACCGGCCCUGCAGGACGUCGCUGUAGAGCAACAGGUGUCGCUUACUGGACAUAAUCGUAUUGAGUCUCAGCAGGUCACACCCACCCCAACAUCUCAGGUCUCCACAGGGAAGCCUGCACAAUAUGAGAAAGGACCUACGCAAUCGUCUACAGCAGCUGUGACUGUCAAACCUGGCACCACACCUGCAGCUCCUUCAGGAGCAUCUUCUGCGAGAGCUGCAGGCGGUGGAGGCUUCAUCACCACUAAGAAAGGACCUUCUCAAGUCACGCCACAGGCCACGGUCUUGAAACCCACACCUGCACCGUCUGCUAAAGUCCCAAUUGUGAGCUCUGGGACUGGACCUGCUGGAACAACAGGAGUGAAGCCCACAGACCCUCUGAAAGAUAAGGCCCAGAGUACAACCAUUCCCGCAUCCAAACUGGGACCUGCUAAAGUGGAUCUGGCUGUUGGGAAGCCCUCAGCCCCGGCUGGUGCUCAAAAGCAGACAAGUGCUCAAAAGGUGCAAGUGGAAGUGGGUCCUUCAGGAGCUAAAGUCGGUACGGAGGAUGUAGAUCCGUUUGAUGCCCUGUCUGGCACUUUACCAUCAUCACAACCUGUGGCACCAAAAGUCCCAGCAUUCACUGGACCAGAGGUCAAAGAGCCAAAUGUAAAGGAAGAGAAGGGUGUUAUCUGUGGUGAGAGAGAUGACACAUUGCCGCCCGGAUACAGACGAGCAGAUCUGGAAAAGAAAACACCUGCUGGAGUUCCUGAGAAGCCUAAAGAAGUUCCCAAGCCAAUAAGCACAUCCGAGGCGCUGGACUCCCUCGCAGCUGGGUUUGUGUCUUCAGCUCCACCUGCUCCUAAGAAGACAGAUGUUUGUGUUCUGAUUGGUGGAUGUCUUUCUCAGCCCUCAAUAAACGCAGAUGAUGCACUGGACUUUCUUUCUGGAGGUUUCACAGAGCCUGCAGCAGCACCGGUGGUUAAGGCUCCUGUUCCUCCUUCACAGGAAAAGAAGAAACCUGAAGCGGUUCCUGAAAAGACUAAAGACGUUCCUAAGGAAUCCAAGAAACCUGCUGGGGUUCCUGAGAAAGCUAAAGAUGUUCCCAAGCCUAAAGUGGAUGAAUUAUCAGCACUGGAUGUUCUGGCAGGUGAUUUUGUGGUUCCCGCACAGUCUGUGCCUAAGGUUUCUUCGAGUGCUCCUAAAACUGUUCCACCAGGCCCUCCGCAAACACCACAGACAAAUGAGGACGCUCUCAGUGCUCUGGGUGACACACUGGGUAAACCAGAGCCACCCAAAAAAGAACCUGAACUCAAACCCAAAGACAUCGUUCAUGAGAAGAAACAGAUAUCAGAGAAGGGUGUUCGUGUUGGGGAGAGAGAAGACACACUCCCACCAGGUUACAGAUUCUCAGAGGAAGAGCUCAUGAAAUAUCCUCCUCCUAAGAAAGAGCCCUCAAUAAACGCAGAUGAUGCACUGGACUUUCUUUCUGGAGGUUUCACAGAGCCUGCAGCAGCACCGGUGGUUAAGGCUCCUGUUCCUCCUUCACAGGAAAAGAAGAAACCUGAAGCGGUUCCUGAAAAGACUAAAGACGUUCCUAAGGAAUCCAAGAAACCUGCUGGGGUUCCUGAGAAAGCUAAAGAUGUUCCCAAGCCUAAAGUGGAUGAAUUAUCAGCACUGGAUGUUCUGGCAGGUGAUUUUGUGGUUCCCGCACAGUCUGUGCCUAAGGUUUCUUCGAGUGCUCCUAAAACUGUUCCACCAGGCCCUCCGCAAACACCACAGACAAAUGAGGACGCUCUCAGUGCUCUGGGUGACACACUGGGUAAACCAGAGCCACCCAAAAAAGAACCUGAACUCAAACCCAAAGACAUCGUUCAUGAGAAAGAUGUGACAUCAAAAAAGGGAGUUCGUGUUGGAGAGAGAGAAGAUACACUCCCACCAGAUUACAGAUUCUCAGAGGAAGAGCUCAAGAAAUAUCCUCCUCCUGAGAAAGAGCCCUCCUUAGACACUACUGAAGCUAUGGAUUUUCUGUCUGGCGGUUUUACAACCCCCUCUGUGGCAUCGGCUGCCAAGACCCCCAUCUGUCCUGCCUCUAAGUCUCCUGCUAAGCCUUCAGAUUCUGCUUCCGAUUUUGCUUUAGAUGCUCUUGCAGGUGAUUUUGUCGCUCCUUCUUCUGCAUCUAAAGUUCAGUCUGCCGUCUCUGGCCCCCCACAUGCUGGCAGACAGUUGUCAGAAGGUACCUCAUCAGCUAUGGAUGCCCUCUCAGACACUUUAGCAGACAUUAAAGGAGCCCCUGAGCCUGCCCCUGUCCCACCUAAAGAUGUCGUUAAGGAAAAGAAUAUAGUGGAGGAAAGAGUGAGUAAACCAGGUGAGAGAGACGACACCCUUCCACCUGAUCAUCGGUUCACAGAGGAAGACAGCAAGGUGUUUGUAGCAGCAAAGCAGAAAGACGUCAAACCAAAGCAGACGUCAAUCGAUGACACAACGGCCCUUGACAUGCUGUCUAGUGAUUUUUGUGCAGUACCGCCCGUGAAGCCCUCAGCACCUGACGCCCAACGCUUCACCCCUGAACCACAACCGCCAACAUUUAAGGCAUCAGGUCCAGUUUUCGACGAGCUGGCGGAAAAAGUGAUUCCCAACCUGACUGACCCCAAAGCUAAAGACAGCAAACCAAAGGGAAAGGGUGCAAAACCAAAGUCUAAACCAAAGAAACAGUCAGUACAAGAUUCAUCAGCCACAGAGAAGCUGCCCGGUAAACUGAGCUCAGAUGUGGUGCCAUCGUCUUCCACAAAGAGCAGAAACCUAUAGAUCAUUUAUGGUGCGUCUCCUCAUCCCUAACACAAGAAGCCAUUAAAGGGAGCUGCUCGGACAAGAAAUAUAUUUUAUGGUGGCCAUGGAAUGAAACUAAAAAAAUCUCCUUGUGAAUGAUAGAACAUGUAUAUAUGGAUAGGAUGUUAACAUCAAGCACAUGUAUUGUUCUAUUUUCAGUCUUCUGUUUUUGGUGUGGCGUUGUGAUAUAAUUUUUCCCACAGUAAAAAAAAAUAUUAUGCCAUAUACAAUUUUUUUUUCUUUUUUAUCUUUACUGGGGGUCUCUCUACAGUCUUCCUGUUCACAGAGAUGACAGUCUGUUGCUGUUUGAGGAUCUAUUGAGACACUAGUGUACAGAGAUGCUGUAGGUUAUGAGUUCAUCGUUUACAGUACAGGAAUUGCAGUAGAUGACCGUGAUUUUGAAUGCUGUUGAAUGUCUGUAUAAUGAUACAAGUCACAAAAGGUUUGUAUGGGAGGUGUUUUUCAUUGUAGUUUGUUUCCUGAAGUGCACUUACAAGGAUGCUCUCAAAAAUAACUGUAAAAUAAUACUGCAAACAC